UUAGCAAUCAAAAUGUAUCAAAACAUGGUGACACUUCAACAGAUGGAUAAAAUUUUAUACAAUUCACAACGACAAGGACGCAUUUCGUUUUAUUUGACAAAUACCGGUGAAGAGGCUACUCAAAUUGGCUCAGCAGCUGGUAUACAUGAUGAUGAUUUAAUGUAUGGCCAAUAUCGUGAAGCUGGCUCAUUAUUGUAUCGUGGAUUUUCGUUAGAAAAUUUUAUGAAUCAAUGUUAUGGAAAUGCUAAAGAUAUUGGUGGCGGAAAACAAAUGCCAGUACAUUAUGGUUCCGUAGAACAUCAUUUUGUGACAAUAUCAUCAACAUUAGCUACACAAUUACCACAAGCUGUUGGUUCUGCUUAUGCAUUUAAAAGAGAGAGAAAUGGACGAAUUGUGAUGGCAUAUUUUGGUGAAGGUGCAUCAUCAGAAGGUGACACACAUGGAGCAAUGAAUAUGGCUUCAACAUUGAAAUGUCCAAUAAUAUUUUUCUGUCGUAAUAAUGGUUAUGCAAUUAGUACACCAACAACGGAACAAUAUGGCGGUGAUGGCGUUGCUGGUAAAGCUUUCGGUUAUGGCAUUCAUGUGAUACGGGUUGAUGGUAAUGAUUUGAUUGCUGUUUAUGAUGCAACUAAAGCAGCCAGAAAGAUAGCAGAGCAAAAUGAGCCUGUCCUUAUUGAAGCGAUGACUUAUCGUUUGGGACAUCAUUCGACAUCUGAUGAUUCAACCGUUUAUCGUCCUAGUGAAGAAGUUAACAUAUGGCAAGAGAAGGAUAAUCCGGUUACUCGAUUUUGUACAUUUCUUCGAAAUAAGGGAUGGUGGAGUGAUGAGGAAGAUAUGGCAUAUCGGCAAAAAAUACAAGAAGAAAUUAUGCAAGUAUUUUUGUGUGCUGAAAAAGUAUCAAAGCCAAAUAUUUUAACCAUGUUUGAUGAUGUUUAUAAGGAAAUGCCGAAAAAUUUGCAAGAACAACGUGAUGAACUUAUACAGCAUCUGAAUAACUAUAGCGAAUAUUAUCCAAUCAAAGAUUUCGAAGGCACUUAA